CUUUGGUUUGUUUCUCAAUUGAAGAUGAAGAAUAAAAAGAUGAGGGACAAACAAGUUGAAGAAGAAAUUGGCAGUAUAAGGUCGACAUCGGCAACAGAUUUUUUUAACAGAGCGCCAGAUGAUCUCAUCGUCUACAUCCUCACAAAGCUCAGCUCCACUGCAGGAUCGCCAUCUGAUUUCAUAAGCUUACUCAUUACAUGCAAGAGACUCAACAGCUUAGGCCAGCAUCCUCUGGUUCUAUCGAGAGCCUCUCCAGAAUCCUUGGCGGUGAAGGCGAGCAACUGGUCGGAUUCUGCUCAUCGCUUCUUCAAGCUCUGCGCUGAUGCCGGGAAUGUCGAAGCAUGUUUUUGUCUAGGCAUGAUCCGAUUCUACUGCAUGCAAAGCCACAGCAGUGGUGUGUCACUGAUUGCUAAAGCAGCCAUCCAUGCGCAUGCGCCCGCUCUCUACUCCUUGGCUGUGAUUCAGUUCAACGGCAGCAGCUGCAGCAAGAAUGACAAGGACCUUGGAACCGGCAUUGCCCUCUGUGCUCGAGCCGCCUCCCUCGGACAUGUGGACGCCUUCCGUGAGCUAGGCCACUGCCUCCAGGAUGGCUAUGGUGUCCGCCAAAACAUCACUGAGGGGCACCGGUUGCUCAUGCAAGCCAACUCUGUCCGCUCCAACUCAUCUUCUUCAUCGCAUCUCAUGGGUCACCCAGUGAAUCAGUUCAUGGUGGAGUGGUUCAGGUCAAGGGGACAAGCAGAGCAGAGGAUGUGUAGGCACAUAGGGUGCGGGAGGCCAGAGAUGAGGCAGAAUGAGUUCCGGCGUUGCUCGGGGUGCGGGAUUGCCAAGUACUGCUCCCGCGCAUGCCAAGCGGUUGACUGGAAGCUGCAACAUAAAGUGCAGUGUGCACUCUUGGAACAAUGGCUACAUGAUGGAGAUGUUGAGGAUGAGAAUGACGAUGAUGAGAUUGUGGUCAGGAGCUAAUGGUAACAGAGUUAUGAUGGAUUAGCUCUUCUUCUUCUUCUUUUGUAUACUUCUCCAGUAUUAUUAUUAUUAGAUGUGUGAUGAUCCGAAAUGGUGGGGCUCACACAGUCCAUGCAACUCUAAACCCUUGGAGAGGUGUCUGUGUCCAUGACCCAAUUGUAAAACCAGAAAUAUUGCAUGGUAUCCCUCCCCCCCUCUGUGUGUGGAGUGUUCCUUAUGUUCGUUAACAUUUCAUGAAGCAAAUUUCAACUAGUUUGAGGUUGGAAAGGCUCUUCGACCUCAUCUUUAUCUUCCUUGGAUUUAGGCACAUGUCUACAACUUCCAGAUCAAAUUAAACCAUUAUAUCCUUUCACAAGCAUUUACAAGUCAUAUAUACAAAAA